AUGGACAAGAAAGAUAAGAAAGAAAGAAAAUCCAAGACUUCAACUGUGGACUGCAAGGAAACGUUUCCAUCACUUUGCGUUGACGUCAAAACAACAAAAACCGCAGUUCUUUUGCUGAACUCAACGGAAGAGGACGUUAUCAUCACAGCAUGUGAAGCCAUCUUCGAAUUUGCAGCGGAAGAUGCUAACAAAGUUUAUCUCAUGGAACUUGGAGUACUGCAGCCUCUCGGUCAACAUAUCACACACAUUAAUGAGCUGAUCAGACAAAAUGCAUUCAAGGUUUUGGGCACCAUGGCCAGCAACAGUGCCGUAGGUAAUGCUCUGCAACAAAUGGAUUUAAUUCCACAGAUUAUUGAAAAACUCUCCCUUGAUGAUGUCAUCAUUCAAGAGUAUGGAGCCUUGUGCCUCUCAUGUCUGUCACUGGAUCCCGGCUGCAAGAUUCAAAUCUUUGACAACAAAGGCCUGCCAGUAUUAAUCAAGCUACUUUCCUGUGCAGAACCAGAUAUUCAGAAGAACUCUCUGGAGACCAUUUAUAAUUUGGUUCAGAACAGCCAAUUUUGUCCCCAUGUUGUCGAGUUGGGCGGCAUCCCUUUAGUUCUGGAAUGUCUUCAUUCGGACUACCCGAUCAUUCAGGAGCUGGCUUUAAAAAUUCUGGAGAAAGUCACGACUGACAAAGAGUCAUACAGCACAAUGAGGAAAGAGCUGGCAUUUGAUAAGCUCAUAGAGAUCAUCAAAAACGUGGAUUUCAAUGAUCUCCAUGUUGAGACUUUGCAGGUUCUUUUUAAUUGUGUGAAUGAUAGUGAGAAUUUUCAGAUCAUCCUGGAAGGGGGAGGACUAGUGAUUAUUUUCCAGCUGAUGGUGCCCCCUAAAUUGUCAGAGACGGAGAAAUUAGAAAUACCUUUACUACCUGUUAAGUGCAACAAAAAUGAAAUCCAGUCAAGUGCUGUUCAAUGCAUGGCCAGAGCUGCUCAGAACCCUGAAAAUCACAAAGAUCUCCACGAUUUAAACGUUGAGGAAAUCUUGAUAGAAAUUCUCUCUGGCGACAACGAUUGUGCGAAAGCAUUUGUUUGCCAAGUUAUGACUGGAAUGAGCUCCUUCUUAUCCAGCAAAGAACGCGUCAGGGAAUUAGGUGGUUUAACUGCUUUGAUACGUUUACUGAGCAGCGGAAAUGUGUCAGUGAGAAGGGAAGCAGUCCAGGCCCUUGAUCACCUCACAGCUGGACACGAGCAAAACUCAUUGACACUAUAUGAAGAAAAAGGACACGAGAUUCUCAUCCAUCGUCUCGGCGACAGCUGUCCCAAAAUAGUGACCGUUGCUGCAGCUAUACUUUGCAGGAUUGUGGAUCAGGAAAGCAUUCGAUGUGACUUGUUAUCUCUGGGGGCCAUACCUGCACUGGUGGAGCCCUUAAAAUCAACAGACUCACAGGUCCUGAUUAACGCUACAAUGUUAAUCUGCAAACUGGUGCUUGAUGCCGGUGCCAGAACAGAGAUGCAGAGCGCUGGUGGUCUUGAACCAUUAGUCCAUCUGCUGCGUUCCACAAAUAUGGAGGUGUUGCGCUCCACGUGCAUGGCAAUCAGCAUUUGUGCAAAGGAUGAGCCCACGUCUGUGGAGAUGUGCAAAUUUGGUGCUCUGGAACUGCUGGAUGAAAUCAACCAGUCAGACAAUAGUAGGAGCAAGUUCAGCGAGUUUGCCUUAAGCAGUCUCAUGCAGUCCAGCAUGUCCCUUAAAUUUGGUUUGACAGAUAAUUUGUCCUCAACGGAUAUGAUCACUGAUGGCUUCUAUGAUGCAGGGAAGUUGCGUUUUGAUGAGAAAGUUUUGACUUUAGCGGAUCUUUUCAUGGAGCCAUUGAACCAACACCUGCCUGUCGUCGUUGUCAAUACAGCAGUCGAGGUGUAUUUACGUACGAGGAAUACGGAGAGAGGGCAACCGACCGAGAGAUAUUGGAAAGUGAUGAAUGAUUCCGCUUUGAGGGGUUUAGUUAAAGAGGUGAAAGAAUCCAUCACCCCUUUGAAAGACAAACACAAACAAUAUGUUGAAUUGGCCAGGAAAGUAAGCAAAGUCAUGGGCGGAGCCAUCGAGAAAGAAGACCUGCACACUUUUGGAUGGCUCCUGCACAUCUCCCUCCUCAAAUGUAAAAUGCAUUGUAAUGUCAUCCCCAUCGGCAUGAUCACCAAAGGAUUCUACUGUCACAGGGCCCUUCUUUUCAAGUACUUGGCUGAUUGCAUCGGCCUGAGUUGUAGUUUGGUAAGAGGAGACUACAAUCGAGCUUGGAAUGAAGUAUUAGUCUGCAAGAGAGACGAGCGUUCUUCACAGCCAUGUCGCUACAUUGUGGACCUCAUGCACCAGCCUGGAACUCUCUUGAGAGCCCAUACACCUGCCGCCUUUCGCUAUCACAGUAUAUAG